GAGGUAUUUGAUGUUUUAUGUCAACUAAUGUGUGAAGAGACAGAAGAAGAGAAAAUAGAUCAUAAUUACCCAACACCCCAGUUGAGUGAGAGUGCACAAAGCUCUCUUGACACUGAUUCAAAUUCGGACAAUGAUAAUAGUAUUAAAUUAAAUCAGGAUAGCGAGCGAAAAUUCAAUGAAAUCCAAGUAACUGGAUUAGAAUUUUAUAAAAAAGUAGAGGUUGUUAGAUCAAUACCUAAAGAGGAAGUUAGGCCCCAAGAUAAUAAAACAUGUGCUUCUAAUAUUAUAAGAUUAGAACAUUUUGCGCUUAUCUCUACCUGGAUUGAUCAAUCACAAACAUAUAAACAAAAGAUUUUUAAACUUUUUACACCACCAAAGAAGUACUUGAUUACGAACUUUCCAUAUGAUUUUACACUACUUACGAGAGGAAGUCAAGAUGGGUUUACAUCAUCUGCCUUUCAUCAAAAAU